GUGUGUGUGUGCGUGUGUGUGCAUGUGUUUCGAGCGCUCUCCCUGAGAAGUCAGAUCGAGGCUGGAGUUCCACUGGAACCCCGCGCUGCAUUCCAUUCCAUUCAUGCUGGGCAGCGGCAGCGAGCAGGCACGGAACCCUGACUUGCAAAAGAGGGGAGGGAGAUAGGGCGGUUUGGUGGCGAAGGAGAGGAAGCAGCAGCAGCAGCAGCAGCAGCAGCAGCAGCAGCAGCAGCAGCAGCAGCAGCAGCAGAAGGUGGUGGUGGUGGUGGUGGGGCUAGCGGUGUGUGGGACUGAAUUAUGGCUGGCACCAUCGAAGCAAGCUCCGAUCCAGGCUGGCUGAGCGGACUACCCCUGGCCCCAACCCCUUAAAUGAGGAGCCCCGUGGGACCCGAGGAGCUCGCGGACCAUUAGCCCCUUCCUGCCGCUGCGUCCCCAGCCCCAUCGCAGUCAUGCGGCCACGCUCCCCCUGCUCGGCUCUCUACACGUGGACCUUCUUGCUCCUGGGGUGCCUGUGGCCGGCCGGCGGCAGCGGCCGACAGCCCCCCUUCCGGACCUUUCCAGUGAGCGACUGGAGCCUGGCCCACCUGGUCGUGCACAACAAGACGGGGGAGGUCUACGUGGGAGCAGUCAACCGGAUAUACAAGCUGUCCAGCAACCUGACCCUGCUGCGCACCCAUGUGACGGGGCCCGUGGACGACAACGAGAAGUGCUACCCACCCCCCAGCGUCCAGUCCUGCCCGCACGGCCUGGUGACCACCAACAACGUCAACAAGCUGCUGCUGGUGGACUACGCCGAGAACCGCUUGAUCGCCUGCGGCAGUGCCUCUCAGGGGAUCUGCCAGUUCCUGCGCCUGGAUGACCUGUUCAAGCUGGGGGAGCCCCACCACCGCAAGGAGCACUACCUGUCCAGCGUCAACGAGUCGGGCACCAUGUCCGGGGUGAUCAUCGAGGUGCCCGACGGGCACGACAAGCUGUUCGUCGGCACGCCCAUCGAUGGCAAGUCCGAGUAUUUCCCCACUCUGUCCAGCCGGAAGCUGAUGGAGAAUGAGGAGAACGCCGAGAUGUUUGGCUUUGUUUAUCAGGACGAGUUUGUCUCCUCCCAGCUCAAGAUCCCCUCGGACACCCUCUCCAAGUUUCCCGCCUUUGACAUCUACUACAUCUACAGCUUCAGCAGCGAGCAGUUUGUCUACUACCUGACUCUGCAACUCGACACUCAGCUGACCUCUCCCGACUCCACCGGGGAGCAGUUCUUCACCUCCAAGAUCGUCCGCCUCUGCGUGGAUGACCCCAAGUUCUACUCCUACGUGGAGUUCCCCAUCGGCUGCGUGCAGGGAGGGGUGGAGUACCGGCUGGUUCAGGACGCCUACCUGAGCAAACCGGGCAGAGCCCUGGCCCGCCAGCUGGGGGUCUCCGAGCACGAAGACGUCCUCUUCACCGUCUUUGCCCAGGGUCAGAAGAACCGGGUGAAACCCCCCAAGGAGUCAGUCCUCUGCCUCUUCACCCUCAAGAAAAUCAAAGACAAGAUCAAGGAACGGAUCCAGUCGUGUUACCGGGGCGAAGGCAAGCUCUCCCUUCCAUGGCUUCUCAAUAAGGAGCUGGGAUGCAUUAACUCGCCCUUGCAGAUCGAUGACAACUUCUGUGGGCAGGACUUUAACCAGCCCCUCGGUGGCACAGUUACCAUCGAGGGCACCCCACUCUUUGUGGACAAGGAGGAUGGCAUGACCUCAGUAGCCGCCUAUGACUAUCGGGGCCACACCGUGGUGUUUGCUGGGACCAGGAGUGGUCGGAUCAAAAAGAUCCUAGUGGAUUUGUCCAGCCCUGGAGGGCACCCGGCUCUGCAGUACGAGAAUGUGGUCGCCCACGAAGGCAGCUCCAUCCUGAGAGACCUGGUGCUAAGUCCCAACCGGCAAUAUAUCUAUGCCAUGACAGAGAAACAGGUGACUCGUGUCCCCGUGGAGAGCUGUGAGCAGUACAAGACCUGUGAACUGUGUCUGGGCUCCAGGGACCCCCACUGUGGGUGGUGUGUCCUGCAUAAUAUCUGCUCAAGGAAGGAUCGCUGCGAGCGGGCAGAUGAGCCGCAGCGCUUUGCCUCUGACCUGCUUCAGUGUGUCCAGCUCACAGUGCGACCCAGGAAUAUCUCCGUCACCAUGUCCGAAGUCCCGUUGGUUCUCCAGGCCUGGAAUGUCCCUGAUCUUUCAGCUGGAGUGAACUGUUCCUUUGAAGAUUUUACAGAGUCAGAGAGCCGCAUCGAAGAUGGAAAGAUCUACUGCAGCUCUCCAUCAUCCAAGGAUGUCAUCCCUAUCACCAGGGGUCAAGGGGACAAGAGGGUUGUGAAGCUCUAUCUGAAAUCUAAAGAAACAGGGAAGAAAUUUGCUGCUGUGGAUUUUGUCUUCUAUAACUGCAGCGUUCACCAAUCCUGCCUGUCAUGCGUGAAUGGCUCCUUCCCCUGCCACUGGUGUAAAUAUCGCCACAUCUGCACCCACAAUGCUGCCGACUGCUCCUUCCAGGAAGGCCGGGUCAACAUGUCUGAGGACUGCCCCCAGAUCCUCCCCUCCACCCAGAUCUACGUGCCCGUGGGUGUGGUGAAACCCAUCACCCUUGCAGCCAAGAAUCUGCCCCAGCCGCAGUCGGGGCAGCGAAACUACGAGUGCAUCUUCCACAUCCCCGGAAACCCCGCUCGCGUCACGGCGCUGCGAUUCAACAGCACCAGCAUCCAGUGCCAGAACACAUCGUAUUCCUAUGAAGGCAAUGACAUCAGUGACCUCCCUGUGAACCUCUCAGUGGUGUGGAAUGGCAACUUUGUUAUCGACAACCCCCAAAAUAUCCAGGCCCAUCUGUACAAGUGCUCAGCCCUCCGCGAGAGCUGCGGUCUCUGCCUCAAGGCAGAUCCCCGCUUUGAGUGCGGCUGGUGUGUGGCAGAGAGACGCUGCUCUCUGCGGCACCACUGUCCGGCCCCCGAGAUCGGCUGGAUGCACGCCAGCAAUGGAAACAGUCGCUGCACCGACCCCAAGAUCCUCAAGCUGUCUCCUGAAACGGGCCCCCGUCAGGGUGGGACUCGGCUCACCAUCAUCGGCGAGAACCUGGGACUGAAGUUUGAGGAUGUGAGGCUGGGCGUGCGUGUAGGGAAAGUGCUGUGCAGCCCCAUCGAAAGCCAGUACAUCAGUGCUGAACAGAUCGUCUGUGAAAUCGGAGAUGCCAGCUCUAGUCGGGCCCAUGAUGCCCAGGUGGAGGUGUGUGUGCGGGACUGUUCUCCCAACUACAGAGCCAUGUCUCCGAGGCGCUUUACGUUUGUGACCCCCACCUUUUACCGCGUCAGCCCGGCCCGCGGCCCGCUCUCCGGAGGCACCUGGAUUGGCAUUGAGGGCAAUCAUCUGAAUGCGGGCAGUGAUGUCUCUGUCACUAUUGGGGGACGACCCUGCACCUUCUCAUGGAGGAAUGCUCGAGAGAUCCGGUGCCGCACCCCCCCGGGACACAGCCCAGGUGGCUCCCCCAUCAUCAUCAAUAUCAACCGGGCGGAACUCAUCAAUUCCGAGGUCAAAUACAACUACACGGAGGAUCCCACCAUCCAGAAGAUUGACCCCGAAUGGAGCAUCAACAGUGGCGGAACCCUCCUCACCGUGACAGGAACCAAUCUGGCCACAAUCAGGGAACCUCGGAUCCGAGCCAAGUACGGCAGUGCCGAGCGGGAGAAUAACUGCAUUGUGUACAAUGACACCACCAUGGUGUGCCUGGCGCCCUCCAUCAACAACCCCACCCGCAGCCCCCCGGAGAUGGGCGAUCGGCCGGACGAGCUGGGCUUUGUCAUGGACAACGUGCAGUCCCUGCUCAUUGUCAACACCACCAACUUUCUCUACUAUCCGGAUCCCAUCUUUGAGCCCCUUAGUCCCUCAGGAGUCCUGGAGCUCAAACCCAGCUCACCCCUCAUCCUCAAGGGCCGGAAUUUGCUUCCUCCAACAUCCGGGAACUCCCGACUCAACUAUACGGUGCUCAUUGGUGCCACACCUUGUGUCCUGACCAUCUCUGAGACCCAGCUCCUCUGCGAAUCGCCUAACCUCACCGGCCAGCAUAAAGUCACGAUCAAGGCAGGCGGCUUUGAGUUCUCUCCAGGGACGCUUCAGGUGUACUCGGACAGCCUGCUGACCCUGCCGGCCAUCAUCGGCAUCGGGGGCGGUGGGGGCCUCCUGCUGCUCAUCAUCAUCAUUGUCCUCAUCGCCUACAAGCGCAAGUCCCGGGAUGCCGACCGCACCCUCAAACGCCUCCAGUUACAGAUGGACAAUCUGGAGUCUCGAGUGGCCCUGGAAUGCAAAGAAGCCUUUGCUGAGCUGCAGACUGACAUCCAUGAGUUGACCAAUGACUUGGAUGGAGCAGGCAUCCCCUUCUUGGACUACCGCACCUAUGCCAUGAGGGUCCUCUUUCCAGGGAUUGAGGACCACCCAGUGCUGAAGGAGAUGGAGGUGCAGGCCAAUGUGGAAAAGUCCUUGACACUUUUUGGGCAGCUCCUGACCAAGAAGCAUUUCCUGCUGACCUUCAUCCGCACCCUGGAGGCUCAACGUAGCUUCUCCAUGCGUGAUCGGGGCAAUGUAGCCUCGCUCAUCAUGACCGCCCUGCAGGGCGAGAUGGAAUAUGCCACGGGUGUCCUGAAGCAGCUCCUUUCUGAUCUCAUUGAGAAGAACCUGGAGAGCAAGAAUCACCCCAAGCUGCUCCUGAGGAGAACUGAGUCAGUGGCAGAGAAGAUGCUGACAAAUUGGUUCACGUUCCUGCUGUACAAGUUUCUCAAGGAGUGUGCAGGAGAGCCGCUGUUCAUGUUGUACUGUGCCAUCAAGCAGCAGAUGGAGAAAGGCCCCAUCGAUGCCAUCACGGGCGAGGCUCGCUACUCCCUGAGCGAAGACAAGCUCAUCCGUCAGCAGAUCGACUACAAAAUGCUGACCCUGAACUGUGUGAAUCCCGAAAAUGAGAAUGCCCCUGAGAUCCCCGUAAAGGUUCUGAACUGCGACACCAUCACCCAGGUGAAGGAGAAGCUCCUGGAUGCUGUGUAUAAGGGAGUCCCCUACUCCCAGAGGCCCAAGGCUGGGGACAUGGAUCUGGUAGAAUGGCGCCAGGGCAGGAUGGCCAGAAUCAUCCUACAAGAUGAAGACGUGACCACCAAAAUAGACAAUGACUGGAAGAGGCUCAACACCCUGGCUCACUAUCAGGUGACUGAUGGCUCUUCAGUGGCCCUGGUGCCUAAACAGAACUCAGCCUACAACAUAUCCAACUCCUCCACCUUCACCAAGUCACUCAGCAGAUAUGAGAGCAUGCUGAGAACCGCAAGCAGCCCUGACAGCCUGCGCUCUCGGACUCCUAUGAUCACCCCUGACUUGGAGAGUGGCACCAAGCUCUGGCACCUGGUGAAAAACCAUGACCACAUGGACCAGCGGGAGGGGGAUCGAGGCAGCAAGAUGGUCUCUGAGAUCUAUCUGACCCGCCUGUUGGCUACAAAGGGAACCUUGCAGAAGUUUGUGGAUGACCUCUUUGAGACCAUCUUCAGCACUGCCCACCGGGGCAGCGCCCUCCCUCUUGCAAUCAAAUACAUGUUCGACUUUCUUGAUGAGCAAGCAGACAAGCAUCAGAUCAAUGACUAUGAUGUCCGGCACACCUGGAAGAGCAACUGUCUACCUCUGCGUUUUUGGGUGAACGUGAUUAAGAAUCCCCAGUUCGUAUUUGACAUUCACAAGAACAGUAUUACGGAUGCCUGCCUCUCUGUGGUGGCCCAGACUUUCAUGGACUCGUGCUCCACCUCUGAGCAUAAGCUGGGCAAGGACUCUCCCUCCAACAAGCUGCUGUAUGCCAAGGACAUCCCCAACUACAAGAGCUGGGUGGAGAGGUAUUACGCAGAUAUUGCAAAGAUGCCAGCAAUCAGUGACCAGGACAUGAGCGCUUACCUGGCGGAACAGUCACGGUUACACUUGAGCCAGUUCAACAGCAUGAGUGCUCUGCAUGAGAUUUACUCGUACAUCACUAAGUACAAGGAUGAGAUUUUAGCUGCUUUGGAGAAGGAUGAGCAGGCGCGGAGGCAGCGGCUGCGGAGCAAGCUGGAGCAGGUGAUCGACACGAUGGCUCUGAGCAGCUGAAAAGGCCAGGGAGGCCUUGGUGACUUUUCCUAGCAGUGGACUCUGAGAGAGAGAGAGAGGUCAACAGUGGCGGCAGCGACGGCAGCAGCAUUCUCAGGGGUGGGGGAGGGGAAGCCCACAGGGCCCCUUCCUGAAACACUGAACACCGGCAAGCAACAAAAAAGAUCUGCCAGGAGAAGACCAAUGUAUAAAGAGAGACUUCUCUGAGGAGUGAAGUAGGACACGACCUGAAAGGAGCCAAGGAGCAAGGCCGGGCCCUCCUGGCGGUCCCUGGCCCAGACUCCUCUCUUCAUUCAAUUGUAUUUAUUGAGCGCUCACUGUGUGCAAAGCACUGUACUAAGCGCUUGGGAGAGUACAAAAUGACAAUAAACAAGACACAUUCCCUGCCCUCUCUGAUCCAGGCCAAGAUGGGAGGGACCGGGGGCUGCCUGCACUCUCUUCUAGGACAAUGUCUUAUUUGGUUAUUAUGUGGUCGGCUUCCUGUUUUCUCUUUUCCACCCCCUCUCAUGUCGGUUUUUGGUUUGGAUUUGUCCAAAUGGGAUUAUAUUCUUCCCCCACCAAUCCUCCCUGCUCUCCUUUUCUUUCUCUCUCUUCCUCUCUCCAUUUCACUCUCACUUAUUCGUAAAUUGCUCUAUUUGCACAGUUUACAUAAGGUCAAAUUUUUACUUUAAGAAAACCCUGCUGGAAAAGAAGAGUGGAAUGCAACGAAGGGGAGAUGGGGAGACCGGGAGGAGGAAAGCUUUUAAUUACACAUCAAAUGAAGUUCUUUCCCCCCCUCAAAAGGAACUGUGAACUGAUUGUCAAGGAAGAGGGAUUCCAGGAGGUUUAAAAUGCCAUAACGACCAAAAAAUUCUGUCUAGUGCCAUGUUUUUUUCUGACCAUUGUUGAGCACAAAAUGAAUGACUGAGGUGAAGAAAGGUGUGCAGGUGUAGGAAACGUUGAGUUCCCUGCUGUUUAAAGGGAGGAAAGGAACGGGGGCCACAGUGGACAGGGGAGGAAGAACAGAUCUGUGGGGAGAGGGUUCUUCAAAGCUCUCGCUUGCUUGGACUCCGGGAAUGCAAGAUGAGGUUGUUUUGGUGAGAGCAGAUGUGUUGAAGGAAGGAGGGUUGAGCAAACCCCCUUUAAACCACACUUGGUCUUCUUUUCAGCCCAUUCGGAAGCCUGCGAUUAUCCUUCAGUUGGAAAACUGAAGGGUUUCCUGAAUGAGUCUCCGGGCUCUUUCCUCUGUAUUAUGUUGGCUCCACAGCCUUGGGAUGGGUUGGAGGGUGGGGGAGGAACCCUUAUGGAAGUCUUGUGUGAUUUUGUUUCCCUAUCAGUAGGCCUUUCUGGGAAUAUGAUGCGGGCCUGGUUUGGGCUCACCUGAUACUACAGAAGGCCUCUGCUGGGGCACCGUUUUGGAAGCCUGAUCAUAGUCUUCUAUUGAAAUAAUGGGAAGGAAAUUAAUUGGUGGUUUUGGGGGUUUUUUGUUGUUAUUUUUCCAGUUGUCCUAGCUUCACUUCCAGAAAAUAUUUGAGUCUUUUCAGCCUCCCGGCUCAUCAGGAUCCUGGCUGUGGAACCCAGUGAAACUGCUUGCCAGAAGCCCCUGGGUUUUUUUUUUAACUUGUUCUCUGUCAGAGCCCAGAGAAUUCCAAGCUGCUGGCUGGGGGUCAGGGAGAUACCUGGGAUGACCUCAUUCUCUCAAAAAAGUCAAGAAUGGUAGGGGCCAGUGGGCCAGUGUUUAUUAAAUCCCUGGGAAGGGGCCAGUGGGAAGGAGCACUGUUCUGUCUAGUUAGUGAGAGUGGAUUUCUUUUCCUUCCCUCUUUUAUCACGACAAAUCCCGACCCAGAGGGAAAUAGAGGUACGGUGUAGGUAGGCGCUUUUUCAUUCUUGUCAAUCAGCAAACUGUUCUCUGCUCCGCUUGCCCACCAGCCUCUUGGAGAAUUGGAGUGGACCCUGUUGCGGGCGGAGGUGGAUUUCAAAUGAAUCUGGACAGAAGAAGAUCUGGCCUAGCCAAUGGGAGAAGGACACAUUGAUCAGGGUCAUACGAUGCUCUUCUCUCUUAUCUGUGGCCCUGCAGUCACUGCGAGAGCACGGGGAAAGGGUCAUGGGAGCACUCUGGAAAGCUGGUCAAUAGGAGGCUUCCGGGGGGAAACUAUGUGGCCUGUGAGGGAACUUAAAAGAAAGCCAGUCACUGGUCUCUCUCAUUUGCCUGAAGAUGGCCACCAUCAGGAAAUGUAGGAUGUGAGAUUGGGUGAGUUCUCUGCAUCCUCCCUCCCAUCCACCCAUCCACCCAAGUAGAAUGAGGGUCAUUAGCCCAGUUAUUUAUAGAAGAUAAGCAGGCAGGACCAGCUACCACCAUAUUCCUUUGAGAUAGGACCACUGGUGAACUCUGCCUACCCUCUUGUGUCCCUGCCUCAGAGCUCCUGGGACACUGGGCCAUGGACUCCCACAACAGACCCAAAUUCCAGUGCUCUGGUUAAGGAGAGAGUGCUCUAAGGAUUCCGACCAGCAGACAGACACUUUGAGCAAACUUGCCAACUCACAAACAUCCAGCAGCCCACCCCUAAAUCCAUUCUGCAGGAAGAAUAAAAUAUGCCAAGAUGGCCCUUUUCUCUCUCUCUCCCCCCCGCUCCCUCUCUCCAUCCCCCUCGCACUCUCCAUCUCUCUCUCUCUCGUUCUCGUCUCCAGGUGAUUUUCAAGCUCUUGUAUAAUUUAAAAUCCAGCGAUAUCCUGUGAACCUUGUGGUGGUGUUGGGAUUUUUAGAAAAUUCCGUGUGAAACUCUCAGUGGCUUUACCAUCGGAAACAACAAACCCAUCUGCAAAACUGUUGCUCCAAACUCAGCAUGGGCUAUGGCGGUUUUGUUUGGAGAAUCUGGGCUGCCGCUGGCUUCGGUGUUGGUCCAGAAGAGCCUGGGACUGGGCUGUUCUAGUGAGAUGGACUUGCCUGGCUAGCUGGAAAGUGGUUUGGGUCUGUUUAUUCCCUCAGUGGGCAAAUAAGAACAAAUGAAGUUUUUAAUUAAAAAGUGUAUAUAUAUAUAUAUGUGUGGUUACAACCUAAAUCUUCAGCCCCAGUGGGGUAGUGUAUAGUUAACUGAAGGAGAAAAUAAAAACAGAUAUAGAAUAAGAAAAUUAAGCCCGUGGAAAAAUACCAAAUGGUCUGGAAGAACCUUCCAAGAAUUUAUCAUCAAGCGGAACAAUCUUUGAAGCCUGCACACCUCUAAUUACGUUGUAAUUUUAUUUUGAAACUUAAUGGAAAAAAAGGAACAAAAACCGUACAAAAAUUCUAAGAGUCCGAGGCUGUGUAGGACCUGUGGACUACUGCAUGAUUGUGCUAGAUUUUAGUCUGAGUUGAUCUUUUAAAAACUGCAAGUGUUGAAUACUAGAGGUUGUUAGACCUUUUUUUAAUUUUCAUUAAUUUGUCACUUCUUGUACGAUGAAACAAAAGGCAAAAUAGAUUUAACUUCUACAGUUCACUUCUAGAAAAUGGUACUAAAGGUUUAUAUUUACUUAAAGGACAGCUAACUGUCAAGAGACCACCAGAAUCACACUCUUCAAAUGUCAGUUCUCUUGGGGCUUCCAGGAAGUCAAAACGAAGGGAUUCCAUUGUUCUGAGGUGAUUGCGUCUCCGGGCCCUGAAACGUUCCCUUGUGAAUUGUUUCCCAAACUACACUUCUCUUCUUUCUCUUUAUAACUUGGGUCUGUAGGGACCUCACUCUGACCUUAAAAUGUAUUCUUCCGUUCUCCCUUCUGAACACGUAAAACAAUUUGAAAACCAGUAGUACAAUUUGUGAGUCAUGAGUACAGCCCUCUGUUGAGGGGGAGCACGGGGGAGGAGGGGUGGGGAUUAUUGCUAAAUCUGUGACCUUUGACUCAGGAAGUACUAUUUUGGUAUUAGACCAUCAACCAAAAAGAAAUGGAAUAAAUGGGGCUACAAGAUUGGAGCUCUUGGCUGAGGGCCUGAAAUUUAGGAACCGUCAUUUUCAAGGUGUGGGAAUUUAAAUGAGUGAUUUGGGGUUUUUUGUUUGUUUUUUAAUCUACAGACUUGUGUAGUGACUCAUAUGCCCAAUUUCCACAGUUGGGCUCAGGUGAUGAAACUAAUAGAUCAAGCAUGUGAGGGACUUCAACCCUUCGUAUUGCAGUUGUAGUCGAUUCACUCUCCAGAAUUCUCAAAUCCCAUUUCAGAACACAGCUUAGCCCUGGAAACCUAAAGCUAGAAACCUCUGCCCUAUUCCCUGGUCACAGGGACCAAGAUUUCAUUUUUGGAGCAAUUCUGUCAUAGGCGCACAAGUCGGAGAGGAGGCCUAGCAAGGGCUUCUUCCAGCCCUUGCUGCUGUGAGCGGAGUCCAAAGCCUGGCACAGCUGGGCUCCUUGUUAGGUGGCCUGUCUCCUGAUCAGAAAUGCACUUUAAAUAUUUUAAUCCCGCCUUGCCAAUUGUUCAGGAAAUCAUUCGGCCCACAGAAAAUGAGAUCUGGCCUGGAACAUUUUCAUCCACUACCACAGCCAACAGAAACACACCCAGACUCAGAGAGUCGUAAACAAAGAUGCUCUCUCUCUCUCUCUCUCUCUCUCUCUUCUCUCUCUCUCUCUCUCUCACACACACACACACACACACACAGAGACACACACACAGACACUGUCUCUCUCUCUCACUCCCCUUGGGAUGUAACCACUCACCACAGGUUGGGUCAUCACACCACAGGAUGGGACCAAUGAAGAGAAGGGCAGGGAGAAAAAGAGAGAACCCGCUAAUGGCCGUGGACACCGAAAAGAGAGGAAAGUGGAUGCUCCAACUCAUUCUCUCUCAGCUUGGUCUCAACUCCGCAUGAAGCCCCGAUAUCUCCUCGACUCCAGGCCAAAUGACACCUUCAUGUCUGCUCACUGAUAUCACCGAUUUCUGAUGACUGACUCACUUUGGUGGUGGUCUUCAGAUGUGGUAGUGGUCUGGAGAGUGGGAGGAACUUUAGUUCCAUGCAGAAGUGUUCCCUAGGUUCAGUUCUUAAAAAGGCUUUCUGAUUUCCAAGCAGAUUUUGCUCCUUUCUGGCCGACUGGAAAAGGUCCAGGAAAAUUCUAUUCGGGUCUCUGUUGCCUCAGAAACCCCACGAGUUAUUCACAGUCUCUGCUUUCUUCUGGCGUGUCGUAUCGAAACAAUCUUCCUGGCCGUGGGGAUUGGGCAUCCCGGAGGGGACCUGAAGCUACCUCGUACUUGGAGCCCUCUUGUCCUCUCCGCUCUGGACCCUCGGGGCUCCCGACCGUGAUCGCCUCGCCAGACUCUGUGCCACCACUUUAGUCCUCUCUGGCCUUCCUGGUUUCACACAGGGGAAGGAACGAGAAAUUGAACAUACACACAUGAACACGCUCCUUCCCAGCAGUGAGAAGAAGACUAAAUUAGGAGAUGAGCUCAGAUGCCCAUUGAUGCCUUUGGAAUGCUGUCCCCAAGGGCAGUGGUGUAUAGCUCGUGGUUCUUUGCUUAAAAUUAAACUGGACUUCCCACUAUUACACCUCCCCCUGCCCAACACACACACACACACACACACACACACACACACACACACACACACACACUCCCCUGCUCAUGCACUCACCCCCUACCACCAAGACUCUUAUACUGCCUCCCCUUUCUUCAGAGUCAGUAGUAAGAGAGAAGCCCUCUUGUCUCUGGGUCAAAUUUCUGCCAACUGGUUUCCUUUCAAGUCCAUCCUUUUCCCCCUUGACCUUCACCCCUUCCUCUGUGACCUUCGCCCUUCCCAGUUGGCUAUGGGAGACCCAAAUGACCCAGAGCAAGUCAUUGUUCUCCCUCAAUGGAAUAGAUAUAUUUUUUAAGCUGAAGUGCACAAUUAGCUGUCCUUUAAUGUGGUUAAAAUUUUAAACAGAAAAGUCAGAUCAUUUUAAUAGUAUAAUAAAGAGUUAUGAUAACUUUAUGCGAUUGUUUCACAUUUGAAGCAACUGUGCCAGUGGCUUUUCUUGCCCUUUGAUUGUGUAAAUAUCCUGCUAUUUCCUAUUUUAAUGUUCUUCAGAUUUAGUACUUGUAAAUAAACACACGCAUCAAGGAGAGAUUAAACAUUUUUGCUAAA